UACAACUACACAAUACAGGCCUGCAUCACGACGUGCAUACAGCGUCUCAUCGCGACAGAAUGCGGAUGCUACGAUCCGCGAUACCCGCUCACCGCCGAGGCUGUUGCCGUAGCAUCGUCACGCAUCGACAGGAUGCGCAGCUGCCAGAAGGAGAGCGCAUCGUGGCGCAAGGAGCAAGAGGCGACGAACAGGAGCAAAGCAAACUCAAUAGAUCCAACGGUGUUGCAUGACAGAACAGGAGCAGGCCUACUACAGGGGAGAUAAGGACUGUCUUGUCCAGUGCGUGCGAGGAGACGUUUUACGACACGGACAUUAUGAUAGCGAAGUGGCCAUCGAAUGCAUUCCUGAGCACCGUCGCCGGUCGCUAUAAUCGACAGCACUCGGCGAUGAAGCUGCUGCGACAGCAGGGUACCGAUGGUAACGACGGUCCCGUAGUGAGCAACUACGGCGUAGUCAUUCUAGAUAACAUUGCGAAGAUACAGAUAUAUUUCUCUGAUUUGAGCGUAGAGCACAUUCAGCAAUCCGCCUACAUAAAGUUCACCCCCCUUGUGAGUAAUAUCGGUGGGACGCUGGGCCUGUGGGUCGGCAUCUCAAUACUAGCGCUGUUCGAAUUUCUCGAACUCGUUUACGAUCUCGCCGUGUACGGAUGUAAUUCGCUCUGCGGCAAGAAAAAAUCGCAAAACGGAGAGCAACAAGAAACGCACAAGACGACGAUGACAAAGGUCUAUCCUUUGGAUUUGAAAUCUACCAAGUUUUGAACUAUAGGUAGAGAGCAGUGACGUGUUGCAGUAUCAAUGUGACCUCGAUUAUUGCCACGUCACACAUAACGUGUACACGUGACAAGUAAGGUCAUCAUAUUAUUUAUAAUAAUAUACGAUAUAUAUAUCUCAUAUAAGGCUAAUAUCAUCUAUACAAGAUGGUGUGUGCGAUCAGAACUUCGAAGAAUGAAAAGAAGACGAAGACGAAGAAAAGGAGGAAGAAGCGGAGGAGGAGGAGGAGGAGGAAGGGGAGUGGGUGGAGGAGGAAGAAGAAG